GAAUACCCCUGUCUUCUGCGUUGUUGUUUUAAAACGUUAAAGAAAUAUUAAUUAAAUGACUACCCUCGCCGGAACUUUUAUGUUAAAAGUUGAAUAUUUUGUUGUUUCGCACUACUUUAGUAAGGAUUAAAAAUGAUCGUCCAUCUCUACGUAGCUGUAGUAUUACUAAUUAUAUGCAAUCUUUGCUACGUCUAUUCGGAAAUAGUAACCAUGACAUUAGUUGGAAGUGCUCUCAUUGCAAGUGGUUUCUUUGGUUGGGAUAGCAUCAAAACGAAUACAGUAUGUCGAUACAUGGAAUGUUGUACUGAUAGCUAUAUACCAUACGAUUUAAAAGCACUAAAACAAUCAUUCGAAGAGAGGAUGUUUGGGCAGCCACUAGUUUAUGAGCUAAUCAAUAUUUUGAAGGCACAUAAAGAAGCUUUGCGCAAUGAGCAGAAGAGAAAUAAAAAAGCAUUAGUAAUAAGUUUACACGGUUGGUCCGGAGUGGGUAAGAAUUAUGCUACAACUAUGAUAGCAGAGGCGCUCUAUUCCAAUGGAAUGAAAAGUAACUUUGUCAAAGUUUUCAUGGGAAAGAAGGAUUUUAGCUGUACUCAUGCACAAAAGGCUCAGGAUGAAUUACUGGCCAAGAUUAAAAAAAUAGUUUCAAAAUGUCCAACAUCUCUUAUUGUAUUUGAUGAAAUUCACGAGAUGUGCCCAUCUGUGUUGGAUGUGAUUAAACCACUACUGGAUCAUCAUCAUGCUGUUGACGGUGUAGACUAUAGGGACAGCAUCUUUAUAUUCAUAUCCAACAUUGGUGGGACAGAGAUAGCUACACAUUUGCUAGAAUUGUACAAUGAUGGAGUGAAACGAAAUGACUUGCAAUUUCAUGAUUUUGAACCAUUGAUAAGAAGAACAGCCUAUAAAACAGGAGGCUUUGAUAAGUCAUCUAUAAUUGCUCAGCAUUUAAUAGACUAUUAUAUUCCAUUCCUGCCUUUGGAACAGCGUCAUGUGGAGACUUGUGCCUUAGCAGAAUUUCGGUCCCACGGCGUAUACAACCCUUCCAAAGAAAUGAUGGAGGAUGCUCUUUCAGUCAUCUCAUAUGGACCAAGUGAAGAUCAACAGAUUUUUGCAAAUAAUGGUUGCAAGCGAUUCAGCAGACAAAUACCUUAUGUUAUACAAAAACAUAAUAGAACGAGAGAUGAAUUGUGAUAGUUUCUUAUCGAAACUCUUAGCGAACAUUUGUUCCCCUGUACUCUUCAUGGUUGUUAAUUGAUUUUCUGUAAUAAUACAUUUCAGUGAUUCUUCAUUUUGUAAAUAAUGUUUGGGUUAUAAUGUUUGUUCAUUGUUUUAUGUAAAUAAUUAUACUUUUUAUCAGAUUCAAAUGCUUUGAAGAUAAAAAACUUGAAAUGAAGUGAAGAAAGGUUGAACAAAGAUUAAAUGUUACUAGUGAGGAAUAAAUUCACUGUUGCAUUGGUGACUCCAAAAGGAUGCUCUAAAUCUGAUAUACAUUAAAAGACGUGUAUUCUACUGAUUAAUAGUGAGUUGUGUUACUUAGGGCCUGUUUCACCACUUUCUGAUAGUGGCGAAUAGGCUAU